AUGUCUGCACCGAAUUCCCCCAAGCCCUCUUUCGAGUCUGAGGAGCAACCCGAUUCCACAGAUCAUACGAUCCCCGUUGUGGGGUCCGGACACACCCGCACCCUUUCCGGUGACGUGAAACCCAGAGAUCGAAGUCCGCGACGGAGAUCGAUCCAGUUCAGCGUCGGAGCUGCACAGACUCGGCUGCCGAAUCGGUCGCCGAGCAUCAAGGAUAAAAGGCUGUCAUAUGGAGAUACCCCGACGAGGGAAUUUGAAGAGAAGGAAAGGGAACAGAAGGCUGCGCAAUUGAACAGAGGGCCGUCCCCUCCCCCACCAAAGACCUACGAACGAGGCGUCUCUUUCGACACAUUUGAUAAUUUUGACGCCACCGAUUUCUCCCUUACCCUGAACUACAAACACAAGGGAUACCAGAGUACGCGUCGCAGCAGAACGUUUUUGUGCGGGACUGAUCAAAAUGACUACUCCGAGUUUGCACUUGAAUGGCUCAUCGACGAGUUGGUCGACGAUGGCGACGAGAUCGUCUGUCUGCGAGCGGUGGAGAAGGAUUCGCGUAUCGCCACCGACAUUGCAAUUGAAGAGCGGAAAUACCGCGAGGAAGCCGAGAAGCUCUUUGAGCAGGUGAUCCAGAAGAAUAGCCAAGAUGAGAAAGCUAUCAGCUUGGUCUUAGAACUUGCCGUCGGCAAGGUCGAGAGCAUCAUCCAGCGCAUGAUCCGCAUAUACGAGCCCGCAAUGCUCGUCGUAGGCACGCGAGGCCGCAACAUGAAAGGUGUGCAAAGUCUACUCCCAGGCUCUGUGUCCAAAUAUUGCCUGCAGCAAUCACCGAUCCCAGUGAUUGUCGUCCGGCCAUCCCAAAAGCGUGAGAAAAAGAAGAAAAAGCGCCGCGCAGACCCAACCCGGCGGAGCUACAACCACAUUCUGGAACUGAGCGAGCAGCGCGGCAGCCGCAUCUUCGGCGCGACCUCUAGCAACGACAGCAGUACCUCAAAACUGCCAGACGAAGAGGCCGCAGUCGCCGAGGCACUGGGUCUCCCGGCAUCAUACUCGAAUAUGAACUCCCGCAGCUCACUGUCCGUCUCGGACCGCAGCAGUAUCAGCCACGAUGACUCCGACUCAACGACUCCUGCGCGCAACUCGCUGGAUGCUGUAAUUAUGAAGAGUCCGCUCGGCAGCCCGGCGGAUAGUUCCCAGGAAAGCGUGGCGGGCGAGAGCCAGACAGCUCUCCUACUGGAUGGGCCUGCUGAAAAUGACUCUUCGUCUGAUUCUUCCUCAACUACGGAAGGCGACAAGUCGGAUAAUGGGGCUCCAGUGCCUGUGUCUAUUCCUUCGAUUGAAGUUUCCGCUGAUGAUAAUGACAAGAAGUCUUGA